UGUGUGUGUGUGUUGGGUGUGGGGGGACUACAGGCGCUGUGACGCUUAGGCGGCGGCCGACAGGCGGCGGCGCGUGAGGUGCGUGAUAUCCCGCGUCUUGGGAGCAACCUCCCGGACCCCCACUACUUCCCGCCGCCGCCAUGUCGGGCCGUUCGGUCCGGGCCGAGACCCGGAGCCGGGCCAAGGAUGACAUCAAGAAGGUGAUGGCUGCCAUCGAGAAAGUGCGGAAAUGAUCCGUGAUCUUCAUCUAGAGCACUUGGGAGGCCUUUGUUCUUGGCGCCCUGACGACCGUCCCUGCCACGUUCAUUGCAAACCCAAAUUGAGCAACCAGUUUGGAAACCAGGCUCAUUCGGUAGCCCAGGCUUACCUCAAAUUUAUGGCAGUCCUCUGGCCACAGCCACUCAAGUGCUGGGAUUACAGGGAGAAAAAAUGGGUGACUGUGGGUGAUACAUCCCUUAGGAUAUUUAAGUGGGUUCCAGUGACAGACAGCAAGGAGAAAGAAAAGUCAAAAUCAAACAGUUCAGCAGCCCAAGAAGCUAAUGGCUUUCCCUCUGAUGCCUCAGCCAAUCCUUCUCUCCUCCUCGAAUUCCAGGAUGAGAACAGCAACCAGAGUUCUGUGUCAGAUGUCUAUCAGCUCAAGGUGGACAGCAGCACCAACUCCAGCCCCAGCCCCCAGCAGAGUGAGUCCCUGAGUCCAGCACAUACCUCAGACUUCCGCACUGAUGACUCCCAGCCACCUACACUGGGCCAGGAGAUCCUGGAGGAGCCCUCCCUUCCUGCCUCUGAAGUUGCUGAUGAACCUCCCACCCUCACCAAGGAAGAGCCGGUUCCACUAGAGAUGCAGGUAGAGUGGCUGUGGCUUUCCCCACUUCCCAGGAAGGAAAGGAGACUUGGAGUUGGAACCACACGACUGGCUGGGUUGCAGUGGGGUACAGGAGAACGAGUGCCCAUGUCCUAAGAGCACAGAGGAGGAAGAGGAGGAGGAGGAGGACUCGGGAGCACCACCCCUGAAGCGCUUCUGUGUGGACCAAGCUGCAGUGGUGCAGAGCACCGAAAGCUAGCACCCCAGCCUCUGCCUCCGGCCCCGCCUCUAUUUAUUCAUUCUGGUCUGGCCACUGUGAUGCCUGCGUGUGGAGCCCCCUGGGCUGGAAGGCUGACAGAAGGCAUGGGGUGUUGCAUCAUCUUCUUGUCCUGGCACCUGUCUGCUUGCUCCUGAGCCGAGAAGCACACGUCUUUUCUACACCCCAAGGAGGCCAGAGCGUUGGGCUCACCUGUCACCUUCAGGUCGCACCCUCUGCUCCAGAGCCACUGCACAGAGCUGCUGGCACCUCAGCAAGGAGAAAGUGUGGAGGGACCUUGGAGAGUGGAGGGAUGUCCGAGAAGAGUGGAGGGACGUCUGAGGAGACUACCAGGGUUACUUGAACUUGAACAGAGACUGAUUCAGACUUUGCCACCGGGCCAGUGCCCUGUAGGCUGCUGCUGGAGAGGGAUUGGUGGGGACCUGGAGAGUGGAGAGAGGUUGUCAGGAGGGAAGGGCUUUUUGCCCUGUGGCUAGGAGUCUGGGAUUGUGUCCUGUGCCCAAGGAAGGCCUGCCUCUGCUGGGCACCCAGCUGCUCCCAGCCCUGUGCUGGAACUGUCCAUUUCCCACAGACACUGCACACAUGCAAAACUUCCUGUUGGCACCUAUCAUUUCAUUCCAGCAUCCCUGCCUUCUGCCCACACCACCCCAGCCAGGACUGGAGCUUCUGACCACAGUACCUGUCCUGCACAGUACUCCUUCUGCUUAAACUUUCUAGAAUGUUCCCUUGUCUUUGAAAUCUGCAUGUUUAAUUGAACUUUUGUGAUUUUAUUUUUUGUUUCACAAAAGAAAAGUUUAAGAAAAAUGAAAAUGGACAACAGCAAGUGAAGACCUAUUUUAGCACUGAAUAGAAUAUUUUUAAAAUUAAACUAUUUGAAAUAUG